CAACGCCGUCAAACACGCUCCUUUUCUUUCGCCUCCGCCGCUUGGCCAAAUCAAAUCCCCUGAAUUCCCGGAUUUCUUGACCCAAACACCAUGUUCCCGCAACGCAGCUCGGAGCUGUACCGCACUCCGGAUACCCACCAACCGCCACCGGCUUUGGAGCUGGCCGGCAAUCUGGAGUACCCGAAUCUCAACGUUGCCGAUCUGAAUGCGCGCCUCGAGAAUCUGUCGCCGCGACUCCACGACUGCUGGGACAGCAUCGCCAUCAAUGAGCAGCAACACUUCGCACUGGCCACCAACCGGCGUGAGGGAGGCCACUGGUGGGGCAUGUUCUUCGGCUAUGGGCACAGCCAGUUGAACCACAUGACCGUGGACAGCGCCGACUUCAAGCUGCAGGCCGAGCACACGGUGAACAUUGUGCGCUACGCCGAGAACGAUGUGUUGCUGGUGGCUCUGGGCGAUACACGCCUCCAGGCCUGGUCCACUUACUCCAAGGUGCGCAAUCCGCAGUCGCCCUACUGCCUCUUCCUCGUGGGCGAGUCCCACGCCCAUUCAACGCCCAUCAGCCAGCUGAGCGUUUUCAAGGCUGAUCGACAAAGAGCCGUCUCGGGCUCAGCGGAUGGCACCCUGAAUGUCUGGGAUCUUUCGGGCAUCGAUCUGGUGAGCUCCUAUCAUUCGCGAACCGCCCACACCGAUAAGAUGACCGCCCUGGCCACGCCCUCGGCUUCGGCCGACAAGUUUGUGACCUGUGAUCGCGGUGGAUGUGCCCGCAUCUGGGAUGUCCGCGCAGCGGCUCCAUCUUCCACGUGCCUCUACGCAGACUCCACUCAUGUGCUGAGCUUCACGAGCGCCGCUUGGGCCGCUGCAACUGAGCUGCAGGGUGAUAAUUACGUUUAUAUUGGGGACUACGACGGACAGGUUCAUACUCUGGACAUCCGAGUGCCAAGGAAACUGGCGGAAACCCGCGAAUAUUUCGACAAGGGGCAUGUCUCGCAACUUCUAAUCAAUGGCCCCUAUCUGGCGGCCAUGAGCAACUUGCCCGCCUCCGUGAAAGUGGCCAAUGCGCAGGCGAAUUAUGAGUUCAUCUACACGCACCAGGACACCCAUACCCGCCUCACGGAUGCCGUUUGGAGCGAUGAUAGCACCCUCAUCACCAUCGGACAUGGACGCAAGAUGGUGACACAUUCGUUAAAGUAAAUUCGCUGGAGAUCCUGCAAUGUUCUUCCGUUUUUUUGCAUUUACUUUUUAGUUACCUAAGUCCCCUUAAUAUUUACCAUGCUUGGCCUGACUGACUUAUACAACGUUUUUUUGUAACGUGUAUAAGUAGACGUAAAAUGACUACUAAAAAAAUUGUAUUGUCAACCAUCUUGUCGUUGAAAUACAAAUGUAAAUAAGCUGUUCUUAUAUCAAAACAUUUUUUUGUAAAUAUUGAUAGAAUACAGACUUUUUGAACAGGAAUAAAAGAGGCAUAAACAA